GCUUAUAUCUUAACUUGUCAUUUAUCACACAUCACUGUCACCGCAGAUCCAAGUUUAGUAAAACGUAUCCAUUAACACCAUUUAAAUAUUUUUCGAAUGAAAGUGAUUAAAAAUAUAGUUUAGUCUAAUUGAAAUUGCACCUAAUCAAAGUAAAAUAUUUCCGGAAUUUUUUAACAUGUGAAAGUGAAUUCUAAUGGACUGAAGAAUGCAGGAGCAUAAAUCGUUUCUGAUAAGAGACCUUUUAGGAGAUGUACUGAGUUCCAGUGAAGCAGCUACAGAAGACCUCGAAACUUCGGACCAUUUGGAGUGCGACGGCGAAAGAGGGAGCUACCCUUCGACGGUGGGCGGAUCAGAGAACUCCUCGGAGGCGGCAAAAGGACGCAAACCACGCCGAAGACGAACGGCUUUCACUCAUGCGCAACUCGCCUAUUUGGAGAGAAAAUUCCGCUGCCAGAAAUAUUUGUCGGUGGCGGAUCGCAGCGACGUCGCCGACGCUCUCAACCUAUCCGAAACCCAAGUCAAGACGUGGUACCAAAAUCGAAGAACCAAAUGGAAGAGGCAAAAUCAGCUCAGACUGGAGCAACUGAGGCAUCAAGCGUCUGUUGAGAAAGAACUGUUAAACGCAGGAAGCCUGCGAGGAGCUGGUGGAGAUCCUACUCCUUGUUGCCAACCUGCUGUUAUUCCGCGCUAUGGGACACAAUCACCUUGCAGUUUUUUGACCACGGCAGCAGCUGCAAUCUUUCACAAUGUUACGUACGUUCACGGAUGCCAACUUUAAAAGUCACAAGCACAUUUAUUCGCCAAUAAAUAGUAGAAGAUAAUGUUUAAAUUUUUGAGUUAUUAAUUUUGAUGUCUUUAUCAACGUAGAUAAAUGACGCGUUUUAAUAAUCUUGUUUUGUUGUUGUUAUUAUAGCUGUUUAUAGUCGUAUCAGUAAUUAUGACUUGUGUAUAUAAACAUUAAUUUGUAUGGUGUAUGAAUGCAGUAAAUAUAAUUUAUAU